AUGGCGGCAGCGAAGAGAGUCGUGACCGUCGUUGGCGCAACCGGCGCUCAGGGGGGCUCUGUCGUCGACCACUUACUCAAAAAGAAGUCCCAAGAUUACACCAUCCGUGCAGUAACUCGAUCCCCCGAUAGUGCAGCGGCAAAAGCGCUCGCCGCGUGCGGCAUCCAAGUUGUUCAAGCAGAUUUGACCGACACCGCAGCUCUCCGAGCGGCAUUUGCGGGUUCAUAUGCCGUCUUUGCAGUCACCAACUUUUGGGGGCUAUUUAAGGACGCACAGAAGGAAAUAUCCGCAGAUCAGAACGUUAGUCUCGCGGCUGAUAAGGCGGUAGCCCUAGAAACUGAAAUGGGCAUCAAUAUGGCGAACGCGGCAUUAGCAACUGAUACGCUGCAACACUACUUCUGGUCGACUCUCACGGAUGCUUAUACAGUCACUGGUGGCAAGAGCCAGCCUCCGCACUACGACUCCAAGGCCAGGGUUACACGAUAUAUCAAAUCCAAGCCGGAGCUCCUUGCAAAGACGACGUUUGUCUGGUGUGCCUACUACGCAACUAAUCUCGGCUGGGAUUUCAUCAAACCCGUCUAUUUCCCUGCCAUUGGCCAGUACAUCCAGAUACAGGCUACCCCAUCCGAUCAGCCCAUUGCAUGCAUUGGAAACACUCGCUCUAACUUCGGCGCCUUUGUGGAAGCGGCAUUGGUCCAGCCGGAAAAGAUUCGUGGUGGUCAGACCGUAUUUGCCUUUGUGGAGAGGUCAACUCUAGGGGGGCUGCUAAAGAUUUGGGCAGAGGCACAUGAUGUUAGGGCUACAUAUGUCCAGAUACCUCGGGAUACCUUUUUCAGUACAUGGCCGGCGAUUGCCCUGGAGUUUACGCUUGGCAUGGAGCUUUGGCAGCUAGUUAGGGACAAAGAGUGGACUGGCGAAGAUAGCUUCCUGACCUAUACCGAUCUUGGGAUAGACAUUACGGCAUUGAAGAGCGUCAAGGACUCAUUUGCAGAGCUCGAACUCUAA